UUUUUUUUUCUCCAGUACUGAAAUUAAGCAGCAUCCAACCUAGGCCUACUCUUACGACAUGUGACUUUACUGUUUUCCGUUUUUGUUGAAAGAGUCAUUAACUGUUAGAAGUUGAUGGCAGUUUCAAUAACAGGUCAGCACUGAGGAAAGGAUAACACUGUAAUAUGCAGAAACCUACAAAUUCUGAUAGCUCUGCGGAAACACUGAAUCCCACCCGCCAAGGCACCGGAGCUGUGCAAAUGAGAAUCAAAAAUGCCAACAGCCACCACGACAGGCUGAGCCAAAGUAAAUCCAUGAUCCUCACCGAUGUUGGGAAGAUCACUGAACCCAUAUUUAUUGGCACUUCCUGUGUGUCAGAGACAACUUUGAAAGGUGGGGACACAAAACAAAAAGAUUCUCAGUCCUCUUGGAGUUUCCAUUCAAGAGAGAUAUCUCGGCACAGAAGAAAUCAUUCACAGCAUGUCUUGAAAGAUGUCAUUCCUCCAUUGGAGCAAUUGAUGGUUGAAAAAGAAGGUUAUCUUCAAAAAGCUAAAAUUGCAGAUGGAGGAAAGAAACUAAGGAAAAACUGGUCUACUUCCUGGAUUGUUCUUUCUAGUCGAAAAAUUGAAUUUUACAAAGAAUCCAAGCAGCAGGCUCUGUCUAAUAUGAAAACUGGGAACAAACCAGAAAGUGUGGAUUUGUGUGGGGCACAUAUUGAAUGGGCCAAGGAAAAAUCAAGCAGAAAGAAUGUCUUUCAGAUCACAACGGUAUCAGGAAAUGAGUUUCUUCUGCAGUCAGAUAUUGACUUCAUCAUAUUGGAUUGGUUCCACGCUAUCAAAAAUGCAAUUGACAGAUUGCCAAAGGAUGCAAGCAGUCCUUCAAGAAACCUGGAAUUAUUCAAAAUUCAGAGAUCCUCCAGUACUGAAUUACUGAGUCACUAUGAUAGUGAUAUAAAAGAACAGAAACCUGAGCACAGAAAAUCUUUAAUGUUUAGACUGCAACAUAGUGCUUCUGAUACAAGCGACAAAAAACGAGUUAAAAGCAGAUUAAAGAAGUUUAUUACCCGAAGGCCUUCCCUGAAAACUCUGCAAGAAAAAGGACUUAUUAAAGAUCAAAUUUUUGGCUCUCAUCUGCACACAGUGUGUGAACGUGAAAAUUCCACAGUUCCACGGUUUGUAAAGCAAUGCAUUGAAGCUGUCGAAAAAAGAGGUCUAGAUGUUGAUGGAAUAUAUCGAGUCAGUGGCAAUCUGGCAACAAUACAGAAGUUAAGAUUUAUUGUCAACCAAGAAGAGAAGCUGAAUUUGGACGACAGCCAGUGGGAGGACAUCCACGUUGUCACCGGAGCACUGAAGAUGUUUUUCCGGGAGCUGCCUGAGCCGCUCUUCCCUUACAGCUUCUUUGAGCGGUUUGUGGAAGCGAUCAAAAAGCAAAACAACAACACAAGAAUUGAAACUAUGAAGUCUCUUGUACAAAAACUCCCUCCACCAAAUCGUGACACCAUGAAAGUCCUCUUUGGACACCUAACUAAGAACAGAAACACGGAGAGUCCAAAAUAGUAAAGAAUCCAGUCCACUCCUAAAACCCACCCUUAAAAUGGCUUUUACUGUUAGAGGGCGGGAAGAGGCACAAAAUUUGGUCCCUGAACGUGUUUGAGGAAUGAGAUGCCUACUGUCUACAGUGCUGGCGUUUCCCCCUCACCGGUUGGUGCAGAGACACACCAGCCAGCAGUGGCUGGGAUGAGCUCCCAAGAACCACAACUGCCUGUCUUUCAAGAUGAGUCAAGAGAAGACCAGAUGGCAGAAUGCAGACCCUCAAACCUGACCAAUGGACAGUGAGGACAGUGAUAUCUUCCUUCAGAGCCUUGUAAAAUAAAGUCAGAGUUGCUGAGAAACGUCAAAGAAAGGGCUUUGUAUUUAAGCUUGUGUUAUGCAAACGUAGUUUAUUGCUGAGUGCUGUGGACGCUUUCAUGCUGAAGCCUGCACGUACCAUUAAAGACUUAAUUGUUGGUUGGA